CACUCCACUUCUGUAUUUCCGAGUUCUUGAAAUUAUAAUUAUUUUCUUCUUAAAACGGCCUUUCUCUUCUGCUGAAACCCGUUAUUCAGCGGAUUACAAUAUAGAUGGAGCCAGAUCGAGUGGAGGCAGAAGAAAACUAGGGUUUGUUCAAGACGUUGCUUCUUUCUUGGUUUACGAAUCAAAAGCUUCUGAGGAAAGAAAAUUAAUGAUCAAAGGGAGGAAAACCUAGGUCUUGCGUCUUACGGGUGCUGGGCAUUUUGCGUGCUGCCGUUCUCUCUGUUUUUGCUAUUUUUGCUCACUUGGAUGUAAGAUAAUCGGAUCUGGGAUGGCGGAUCUGUGUGGUGGUGACGGGGGUGAGGGAUUCAGACCUGAGUCCAGCAUCGGAGGCAAUGCAGGUUCGCCGGCGUUAACUCAGGGGCCUCCGUUAGUAUUCCCUGCUGUGUUGACUGCAUCGGCGUCGUAUAAGUGGGAUGGGAAGUCUUCGGGGAAAGAGAGACGGAGGCCGGCGAUAAGGCCGAGCCUGGAUGCGGAGGAGUUCAUAAAUCUGUUGCACGGAUCUGAUCCGAUCAAAGUAGAGCUCAAUCGUCUGGAGAAUGAAGUUAGAGACAAAGACAGGGAAUUAGGCGAGGCCCACGCUGAGAUAAAAGCGCUGAAGCUGUCAGAGCGUGCGAGAGAGAAAGCAGUUGAAGAGCUUACAGAAGAAUUGACCAAGGUGGACGAGAAGCUUAAGUUAACUGAAUCUUUAUUGGAGUCUAAGAACCUUGAAAUCAAGAGAAUAAAUGAUGAGAAGAAAGCAUCCAUGGCUGCUCAAUUUGCUGCAGAGGCUACACUUAGACGCGUUCAUGCAGCUCAGAAAGAUGAUGAUAUGCCUCCCAUUGAAGCUAUCCUUGCUCCACUUGAGGCAGAACUUAAGCUGGCUCGCCAAGAGAUUGCUAAGCUGCAAGAUGACAACAGGGCGUUAGAUCGCCUAACCAAAUCAAAGGAAGCUGCACUGCUUGAAGCAGAAAGAACUGUUCAAUUUGCUUUGGCAAAGGCUUCUAUGGUUGAUGAUUUACAAAACAAAAAUCAAGAAUUAAUUAAACAGAUUGAGAUUUGCCAGGAAGAAAAUAAGAUCUUGGAUAAAAUGCAUAGACAAAAGGUUGCAGAGGUUGAAAAGCUUAGCCAGACAGUAAGAGAGCUAGAAGAAGCUGUUCUAGCAGGUGGUGCUGCAGCAAAUGCAGUGAGAGAUUACCAGCGAAAAGUUCAAGAGAUGAAUGAUGAGAUGAAGACCCUUGAUAGAGAGCUGGCUCGUGCAAAAGUUUCUGCUAACAGGGUUGCAGUCGUUGUUGCAAAUGAAUGGAAAGAUGGAAAUGACAAAGUAAUGCCUGUUAAGCAGUGGCUUGAAGAUCGGAGAUUUAUGCAAGGGGAAAUGCAACAGUUACGUGAUAAGCUUUCUAUUGCAGAACGCACCGCUAAAUAUGAAGCUCAGCUGAAGGAAAAAUAUCAGUUGCGGUUGAAAGUAGUUGAAGAGGGUCUGAAAAUGUCUUCUGGUGGCGUUCAUCGUACGAGUGCAGAGGGUAGGAGUGUAAGCAAUGGCCCUUCACGUAGACAAUCAUUGGGAGGUGCUGAUAAUAUGUCAAAAGCUUCCCCUAAUGGUCUUCUAACUAGGAGGACAUCAUCCUUCCAGUUUAGAUCUUCCCUCUCAAGUGGCUCUAGCAUGGUUUUGAAGCAUGCAAAAGGGACUUCGAAGUCCUUUGAUGGUGGAAGCAGAUCAUAUGAUCGCAACAAAGUCCUUGCAAAUGGGGGUACUUUUUCACUCAACAAAUCUACUGAUGAGACGAGGGAUGGGGAUGCACAUACCAAUUGGAAGGAUAGUUUAGAGGAGAAGCCAGAUGAGCUUCGCACUGAAGAUGCAGAUGACUCUGUGUCUGGAUUGUUAUAUGAUAUGCUACAGAAGGAGGUGAUUACUCUCAGAAAAGCAUGCUAUGAGAAAGAUCAAAGCCUGAAGGACAAAGAUGAUGCCAUUGAGAUGCUAGCAAAGAAAGUAGAUACAUUAACAAAGGCAAUGGAAGUGGAGGCCAAGAAAAUGAGAAGAGAAGUUGCUGCCAUGGAGAAGGAGGUUGCUUCCAUGCGAGUAGAUAAGGAGCAAGAAAAUAGGGCAAAGCGUCUUGGUAGUUCUAAGGUUCCUGCUAACACUUCACAGCUUCUUCCUGGGAGAAAUAUACCUCGAAGUGGUUUGAUGCGCAACCUUCAAUGAGAUUUAUUUGAUCCGCCGCUCCGAAGAUUUUCUUGAGGUUCUCUUCUUUUCAGUGAUUCCUUUCCUACUACUACCCACUUUGGUUUUAGAUCGAGACAUACCAUUAUCUCUGCUAUAUAUUUGAGACUGGUAAGGAAAACUUGAGGGAGAAGAUGGGUCUGCGCCUGACAUUUUGACUAAUGGGCUUAGUAUUAUAGGAGUGAAGCUAAAGAAUCUAACUUUUUUGUCACAUUAUCUGAUAAUAACUUUGUUUGGUUGUAUAGGUUUCUAGGGCCUUGUAAUAUGAGCAGUAUUAUGAUUUUUUUUUCCCACUUCGUUUUUUCCAUUUCGGUUGUGAAUAUUAUUGUAAACUCAGAUAGUCUUUGUUGCUUUCACUAAAUGGGUGGUUGAUAA